AUGGUGCACGACAUUACCACAAGAAGAGUUGUGACAGGUCACGAUGCUGAUGGCAAAGCCAUCUUCGUGGACGACACUGUCUUGACGUCUCUCGACCCACGCAACGGCCAGCCACAGUCAGGUGGCUUUUAUGGCAACUCCACCAUCUGGAAGACCGUGGGGAUCCCAUCAACAGUCAACGCACCCUUUACAAAUUUGCACGGCAAGCCAAUUGGCAUAACUGAGCCGGAUGGUGUGAUCUGCCGUGUCAUCAACUUCCCUCCCCAAGGGCCAGUGAAAGACGAAUUCAACAUUAUGCAUCGGACCCAGAGCGAAGACUUUGGUAUUGUGAUAGAAGGAGAGAUGGAACUUGUUCUCGAGGGUGGAAACAAAACUACUCUCAAGAAGGGUGAUGUCGUCGUCCAACGCGGAACCAAUCAUCAAUGGAUCAAUACCUCUCCAAAUUACUGUGUAAUGGCAUUCAUCCUCGUCCCAUCGGAUAAGCCUGUUAUAGAGAAAACUGGAGAGGUUCUUGAGUCUACUGUCUUUCCGAGUUCCUAG